AUGGAAGAGAAAUACAUAUUAACAUUGGAUAUUGGUACUACCACAAUACGCUCAUUUAUUUUCAAUUCUAGAGCUGAAUCUGUUGGAAAAGCUGUUGAUCAGGUGGUACUACACUAUCCUCAGCCUGGUUGUGUAGAAAUAGACCCAGAUGAAUUAUGGCAUACAAUUGUAAAUGUAGUCAAGAACUCCCUUCAAAAUGCCAGUUUAUCAGCAGGCCAAAUGUCAGCCAUGGGUAUAUCAACUCAAAGGAGCACUUUUAUAACAUGGUCUCGGAAAACAGGGAAACCAUUUCAUAGGUUUAUUACUUGGAAAGAUAUGAGAGCUGAUAAAUUAGUAAAGCAAUGGAAUGAUUCUUAUACAUGGAAGUUGAUCAAAGCUGGUGCAUUUGCCCUUUAUCUAAUAACGAGAAGUAAAAGAUUUAGAGCUGGUAGUGCUUUAAAAUUCAUGAAUACACAGACCACUCUACGAUUACAAUGGGCUGUAAACAAUAUUACAGAGUUGAAGACUGCCAUUGAGAAUGACGAUGCAAUGUUUGGCACCUUGGAUUGUUGGUUGCUAUACAAACUGACAGGUAACAAACUUCAUCUUACCGACGUCUCUUCCGCGUCUGCGACUGGUUUCUACGACCCGUUCACGAUGCAAUGGGCAGGUUGGGCUAUGACCCUGUUCCAUAUACCGGCUAACGCUUUACCAACCGUUGUGGACACAGCUGGCGACCACUUCUCUAGUACAGACGCGGCGAUAUGGGGACACGCUAUACCCAUUCAGAGUUCAAUGGCGGAUCAAACCGCUUCCAUGUGGGGGUCUUGUUGCUUCGACGUUGGUGACGUAAAACUGACGAUGGGCACUGGAACAUUCUUCGACAUAAACACCGGGUCUUCCCCCCACGCCAGCGUGUCUGGCCUCUACCCGGUGGUGGGGUGGCGGAUCGGGAAGGAACUGGUUUAUUCGGCAGAGGGCGCUAACAACGAUACCGCUUCCAUCAUCAAGUGGGCACAAAAUUUAGGGUUAUUUGACAAUCCGGAGGAUACAGCAGAAUUAGCCACAUCAGUUCCAGACACCGACGGUGUGUACUUCAUACCGGCUUUCAGUGGAUUGGGACCACCGUUCAACGACGGUACGGCAGCGGCAGGGUUCGUGGGUAUGAAACCUUCAACCACUCGCGCGCAUUUAGUACGCGCCGUACUAGAGUCGCUAGCUUUCCGUACGGCGCAACUUUACGCCUGUGUACGGGCCGAGACCAACUUCGACUUCCAUAGUAUAAGGUUAGACGGUGGGGUGUCAAAUAACGAUUUCAUUGCCCAAUUGGUGGCGGAUUUGACAGAUCUGCGCGUUGAGAGACCUCUCGACGUCGAGAUGUCUUCACUUGGUUGCGCGUAUAUCGUCGGCCUACAGUUAGGUAUAUGGAACUCGAAAGACGAUUUGCGAGCUCUCCGCAAAAUAGGUUGCGUUUUCAAACCGCGUCCCAAUAUGAGAUUGCGUUACAAAGCGUCCAUACAAAGAUGGGAAGACGCAGCGAAACGAAUGUGUGGCUGGUAUUCCGAUAAUAAAUCGUCAAAUUCGUUAGUUUCUGAUUCUAGCAGUAGCUCAGUUACACCACAGAAUAGCUUCAAAGUCACUCCGAUGAAAAAUGGUAGACAUUCCAAAUAA